AUGGCAGAUGAGAUCAGCAAAGCACAGACUGCCCAGCCUGGCGAAGAUACCAUCUUCGGGAAGAUAAUUCGCAAGGAAAUUCCAGCCAAAAUAAUUUUUGAAGAUGACAAGUGCCUUGCUUUUUAUGAUGUUUGCCCACAAGCCCCAACUCAUUUCCUGGUGAUACCUAAGAAACCUAUUCCCCAGAUAUCUGUAGCAGAAGAUGAUGAUGAAAAUCUUCUUGGACACUUAAUGGUUGUUGGCAGGAAAUGUGCAGCUGACUUGGGUCUGAAGAAAGGAUACCGGAUGGUGAUCAAUGAAGGUCCUGAUGGGGGGCAAUCUGUCUAUCAUAUCCAUCUGCAUGUUCUUGGUGGACGUCAAAUGACAUGGCCUCCUGGAUAA